AUGUGUGGUACUCGACGCGCUGAGGCGGCCGGUUCGACUAAUGUUCCUGGCCGUGAGGUUCUGCCUACCAACGUCAAGCCCACUCACUAUGACUUGACCCUUGAACCAAACUUUGAGACAUUCAAAUAUGACGGAACCGUAAUUAUUGACCUACAGGUCGCCGAAGACACAACGUCCAUUUCUCUCAACUCCACUGAAAUCGACAUUCACACAGCUACUGUUUCCGCCCAAGGAUCAGUAGUCAGCUCUUCGCCUGAGAUCUUGCUUAAUAAGGACAAGCAAGAGGCCACCAUAAAGUUCUCUGAAACCAUCUCUGCCGGUUCGUCAGCUCAGCUCAAGCUGACCUUCACCGGCACGCUCAAUGACAAUAUGGCCGGUUUCUACCGCUCGUCUUACAAGACACCGCAAGGAGAGACAAAGUACAUCGCCUCGACGCAGAUGGAACCGACCGAUGCCCGCCGAGCUUUCCCUUGCUUCGACGAGCCCGCGCUCAAGGCCAAGUUUACUGUUAGUCUGAUUGCGGAUAAGAGCAUGACCUGCCUCGGUAACAUGGAUGUUGCUUCAGAGCAGGAGCUUGAGGGUGGAAAAAAGAUUGUCAAGUUUAACACAUCCCCGGUUAUGUCAACAUAUCUGGUGGCUUUCAUUGUUGGCCAUCUCAACUACAUUGAGACUAAGAACUUCCGCGUCCCCAUCCGGGUAUAUGCUACACCGGACCAGGACAUUGAACACGGUCGGUUCUCUCUAGAACUUGCGGCGAAGACACUGGCGUUCUACGAAAAGGCCUUCGAUAGCGAGUUCCCGCUCCCGAAGAUGGAUAUGGUUGCGGUGCCCGAUUUUAGUGCCGGAGCCAUGGAGAACUGGGGCUUGAUCACGUACCGUAUUGUGGAUGUGCUUUUGGAUGAGAAGACCAGCAGUGCCUCGCGGAAGGAGCGCAUUGCUGAGACCGUUCAGCACGAGCUUGCCCACCAGUGGUUUGGAAACCUGGUUACCAUGGAUUUCUGGGACGGCCUCUGGCUCAACGAAGGUUUUGCCACCUGGAUGUCCUGGUAUUCUUGCAACAGCUUCUAUCCCGAAUGGAAGGUCUGGCAGACGUACGUUAUCGACAACCUGCAAAGUGCUCUUUCUCUUGAUUCGCUUCGCAGCAGUCACCCCAUUGAAGUACCUGUGAAACGUGCGGAUGAAAUCAAUCAGAUUUUUGAUGCCAUCUCUUACUCCAAGGGAUCCUCCGUCCUGCGCAUGAUUUCCAAGUAUCUGGGUGAAGAUAUCUUCCUCCAGGGCGUUCGUAACUACAUCAAGAAGCAUGCUUAUGGCAAUACACAAACUGGCGAUCUUUGGUCCGCUCUUGCCAAUGCCAGUGGCAAGCCUGUUGAAGAAGUUAUGGAUAUCUGGACAAAGAAUGUUGGAUUCCCUGUAGUCACCGUCUCGGAGAACCCUACCUCUUCGUCCAUCAAGGUCAAGCAGAAUCGAUUCCUUCGCACAGGCGACGUCCGUCCUGAGGAGGAUACCACCAUCUUCCCAGUCAUGCUUGGCUUGCGCACGAAGCAGGGUGUCGACGAGGACACUCUACUGUCUGAGCGGGAGGGCGAGUUCAAGCUUCCAGACCUUGAUUUCUACAAGCUCAACGCUGACCAUUCCGCUAUCUACCGCACGUCGUACACCCCAGAGCGUCUUACCAAGCUCGGUGAGGCUGCCAAGGCGGGCUUGCUUACCGUUGAGGAUCGCGCAGGUAUGAUCGCUGACGCCGGUGCCUUGGCUGCCUCGGGAUACCAGAGCACUUCCGGACUCCUCUCACUGCUGGCUGGAUUCGACAGCGAACCUGAGUUCGUUGUCUGGAAUGAGAUUUUGACCCGUGUAGGUGCUCUUCGCGCUGCUUGGGUUUUCGAAGAUGCCCAGACCAAAGACGCAUUGGAGGGGUUCCAGCGCGCUCUGGUCAGCGACAAGGCGCACACACUGGGCUGGCAGUUUUCUGAGAACGACGGCCACAUCAUCCAACAGUUCAAGGCUCUGCUGUUCAGCGCCGCCGGAAAUGCCGGAGACAAAACUGUGGUCCAGGCCGCCCAGGACAUGUUCCAGCGCUUCGCUGCUGGUGAUAUUAGCGCCAUUCACCCGAACAUUCGCGGUAGCGUCUUCUCCAUUGUUCUGAAGAACGGCGGUAAGAAGGAAUACGAUGUCGUGUAUGAUCGCUUCCGCAACGCCCCCACCUCUGAUGAAAAGACUACCGCUCUCCGCUGCCUUGGCGCCGCCGAAGACCCUGAGCUCAUCCAACGCACUCUUGGCCUGGCUCUUGGUGAUGAGGUCAAGAACCAGGACAUUUACAUGCCACUUGGUGGCCUUCGCAAUCACGCCGCCGGUAUCGACGCACGUUGGGCUUGGAUGAAGGACAACUGGGACACCCUCUACCAACGCCUACCCCCCGGACUAGGCAUGCUCGGAACUGUUGUUCAGAUUUGCACUGCUAGCUUCUGUACGGAAGAGCAACUCAAGGGUGUGCAAAACUUCUUCGCAAACAAGGAUACCAAGGGCUACGAUCGUGCUAUUGAGCAAAGUCUCGACGCAAUUCGCGCCAAGAUCAGCUGGGUCCAGCGCGACCGUGCUGAUGUUGGAUCAUGGUUGAAGUCGAAGGGAUACCUUCCGGGUAAUGGCAAACUAUAAGCCAGGGAUGAAGGCAUUAUAUCAAGGACAAUGUCAGCAUACAAUGCAUGGCUACUUACUAGUCUAAAGGAA